AUGCCACGAAAACGCAAGGUAGGUUUGCUAUGAUUUCAAUAUUUUGUCCUUCAUGUCAGAUCUUGUCAAAAGUCGAUUUUUAAAUGUAAUUUUAGUAUUGGUUUGUGCAACGUUGUGAGACAUUGGACAAUGACAUUGCUGCAACGUGUUUUGUUUUGUAUGCAUAUAUAUAUUUAUGUUUUAUUUCUAUGUUUUUAAUAGACAGAUGAUGAAAGUAAGACAAGUACAAAAAAACAGAAAGUCAUUGAUUUUAGCAAGAAAGAAAGUAGUUCUGAGGUGCAUUUGAUGAUUUGAGAAUAUUAAAAAUAUAUAUUCAAUAAUUUUCAUAAUCUUUUUAGGGGCCAUGUCCAUAUUCAUGUUGCCACAAAUAACAUCGAAUCAACGUUAUUACUUCACCCACCCACCCCCAAGAUAACGUCGAUUGAUAUUCAGUUGUAUUUUGGCUUCUGUACAUUUAUAAUACAAAAGCUGUACUGUGAUUGUUACUUUGAACAUUAAUUGUCAAAUUGCCAUGAGAUAACAUUGACAAGUUCACAUAAAAACCCACCCACUCGUAACGUCAAUUCGAAGUUAUUUGUGGCAACAUGAAUAUGGACGUGAUCCCUUUAUAGUACCAAUGGGUACUCCCAAAGAGUUGCAUUGUCUAAAUCAUAUUUUAAUUUAAUCUAUGCAAAUAUCUCUAAUGUUUCACGCAGGGAUUUAUACAGUUAGCCGUGCUCAAAUAGAUCUAGUUUCGUUCAGGGCUAAUUUGUACUAUUUUAAUAUUGCCUGGUUUUGAGAGGUAUUAAAUAUUAAAGUUUUUAUUGAGACUUUAAAAUGUGCCUGCAUACUUCAGAAGGUGGUUGCCCAUGCCUGUUUGUUAUACCUGGUUUCAUUUUUUCCAUUUAAAUGCAGCUGUUUUUAGGAGAAUUUGUGCAAAUUUGAGCAUCAUGGUAGUAUAGUUCAGAACUCAUUCAAAUAAAUCCUGCCGAAAAUGCAGUCUAAACUAUGUGUGUUAUUAGGAGGAACCCUCAACGUCAAAGGAUUCAUAUGCAUUACCAGAUGUUGAUAAGUAUGUAUCUAUAUGGUUCUCACUUUUUUUCCACCAGUCAAUUGAAUAUACAUUCAUCAUAAAUGCCCCCCCCCCCACUAUUAAGACACUUCUGACAGGUGACGUUCUGCUGAAAUUGCAACAUAUAGAGACACCCAGAGUCCUUUGUGUAAGACUGUACAAAGUAACACUACUGUAUAAAUGCUGCUUAAACUUUGAACUCCAGCUCCUGGAAUCUGAAAAUUUCAUCUUGGAAUAUCAAUGGUCUCAAGGCAUGGAUACAGGUAUUCUAUAAUUCUAAUACAGCCAUCACUUCUUAUUUUUCACCCUGCUCGGUUUCCUUUGUUCUUGUCGGGGAAUAUAUUCAAUAUUCCCCUCUAAUCAAUUUCCGUUUAAUAAUCCCCUCUAAUAUUCACCUGCAAUUAAUAAUCCCCUCUAAUAUUCACCUGCAAUGUCUUUGCAGCACAAAAAAUGAGAAAAAACAACAUUGCGAAGGCAAUAUGGCAUUAAGAAUUAUUUCUUUUCUGACUCAUUAAUGCGACCUCGCAGUGUGAAAAAUAAGUACGUUAUUUUGAGGCACCUCGGGGAUAUGUGUUUAUUCACCUCGGCGCUGCGCGCCUCGGUGAAUAAAUCACAUAUCCCCUCGUUGCCUCAAAAUAACCUAUACAUAUUUCAAUUGUUCUGCAUCUCUUUUAAUACACUUCUCAAUUUUGCUUAUUUUAAAUUGUUAAUUAGAAAAGUGAUUCAUUGAAAUAUGUGAGAAAAGAAGAUCCAGAUAUAUUCUGUCUUCAAGAAACAAAAUGUGAUGAAUCUAAUUUACCUAAGGUUGGUAUAAGUAAGGUUGGUAUGACCGUUUAAGUGGCAAUGCAGCCUGAUCUGCCCUACCUUAAUAUUUUACUCAAGAGUGAGUACUGCCACUUGAUGGUUUAAUAAAUUCACCAAAUAUUCGUAUAGGAGGCAAGUUUUCCAGGUUAUUAUUGUUACUGGGCUAACAGUGAGACAAAAGGCUACAGCGGUGUUGGGUGAGUUAUUAAUAAACAAUUAAGUUUAACAUGACUUGGUGACAAUGAGUUUGACAUUUUUUUGAGUUGGUUUGAACAAAUUUUAAUAUCCUUCUUGUAGACUGUUCUCCAAGAAGAAGCCGAAAAACAUCACAUAUGGAAUAGGUAUGAGUAAAGACAUAAGUUACAUUGCUAUAUGUAUAUAAUUAUGCUUAUCGCAUGUUGUUACUGCUCUUUUCAGGAGUGUCUGAACACGACAAGGAAGGGCGAGUGAUUACAGCAGAGUAUGAAAAGUUCUUCUUGGUUACAUCAUGUAAGAUUAAUAUAAUGCCUUAUCAAUAUUGUUUUGCUAUGGUUAAUAUCACAAGCAACUGAUAUGCAUUUCCAUUGCACAUAUUCUCUAGACAUUCCAAACUCAGGUCAGGGACUAAAAAGGUGAUGUACAUAUUUUCAAUGUUGGUUAUCAGUUGAGCAAAAUGCCCAAAACUUAGAAAAAUAAUCUACCCUUACCAUACCUAGCACGGUGCCUUGGCAGUUUUUUUUCAGGGAUUUUUUAGGACCGUAAAACGGCCCCUAAAACUCAAUCUUGAAUUGAGUUUUGAAACUCAAUCUUCUCACCAAAAGAUUCAGUGCAGUAAAAAUGAAGUUGUUUGAGUUAAAUUUGUGACGUGUGCAAAUUAGUUUCAGUUGGAAACACGACAAUCAGGAAAAAUGGCUGGAAUUCAUUUCACAACACAAGAAAAAUUCGCCAUCUUUAACCAGUUUAUAGUGUCUGCUUUAACACAUUGCGUCUCAACUAAACUUAUUGGGUACAGGAGUCAGCCUCCCACAGCUGCCCCAGCUGUUCAACUAAACUCAAUCUUCUCUGCAAAAACGGACCCAAGAGAAAAUCCUGAAAAAACCCCUGCUUGGUAUUCUGUAUACGUGCGUUUCACCAUAUGCAAUGGAGAGUGGUCAACCAUAGAGCCUCUUUUAACAUAUAAACUGGGGUUACAAGUCUACAGCCCUUAUGUUGGACCUUCUAGUAAUCUAUCCCCACAGCAAAUUAAGUCUCUUCAGUCCAAACUAUAGGCAAAGAGAAGGAACAUCUUAGUAUUGUAUUUAUUGCACUACCCAGGCUAGACUACCGUCAAACGUGGGACAAAGAUUUUCGUGAUUAUCUUAAUAAACUGGACAAGACUAAGCCUGUCGUACUUUGUGGAGAUCUCAAUGUCGCUCACAAGGAAAUAGGUGGGUAACUGUUCGUCUUAGAUAAAGUUGAGGAAACUAACUAACUAACUAGCUAGCUAGUUAACUGACUAGCUAACUAACUAACUUACUAGCUAAUUAGCUAACUAAUUGACUAACUAACUAACUAACUAACUAACUAACUAGCUAAUUAGCUAACUAAAUGACUAACUAACUCGCUAACUAGCUAACGAACUAGCUAACUAGCUAGCUAACUAACUAGCUAACUAAGUAGCUAAUUAGCUAACUAACUGACUAACUAGCUAAUUAGCUAACUAACUGACUAACUAACUAACUAGCUAGCUAGCUAACUCGCUAACUAGCUAACUAACUAGCUAACUAACUAGCUAGUUAACUGGCUAACUAACUAACUAACUAACUAACUAACUAACUAACUAACUAACUAACUAACUAACUAGCUAAUUGAUUAGCUAGCUAACUAACUAACUUCAGAUCGCAUUAACAACUUGUUCGCGACCGCCAUGACCAAGUAGAAACCAGACCAUUACUGUACAUGCAUGUACUUUUAGAUUUAACCAACCCAAAGACGAACACAAAAACAGCAGGAUUUACCAAAGAGGAACGAGCGAACUUUACUGAGCUGUUGGAUCAAGGUUACGUUGACACGUAUCGACAUUUCUAUCCUGAACGAACGGAUCAGUACAGCUUUUGGUCCUACAGAGGCAACGCACGAGGCAAGAAUAUAGGAUGGUAAGUAUUAUCCAUGAAUAAUCGUUCUCAAUCUUUUACAAUCCAAGGGAGGUUUGUUUAUAAUUUCACCUCAGUCUCAUGCUUAGGUGUACGGAACAUUGAUGGAAAUUGUCCAACAUUAUCAUGGCUUUUAUUGAUAUGCAAAUAUUAUUAGAUAAUACUUAGUGAUUUUCAGAAAUAAUUGUGGAUUCCAGUGCAGCGCUCUAACCAACUGAACUACAGAAGGCAGUUGUCGAACUUUAAACACAACACGAACAUAGGUCUAAUAACCCUUCCUGGCCUCCCACAAUUCCCCAAGUCCGGAUUUUCAGAAUUUUUUUUCUUUCAGGCGAUUGGACUAUUUCGUCGCAUCCGAAAGAUUCAUGGACAAUGUUGCUCAUAGUUUUAUACGAGAUAACAUAAUGGGUAGUGAUCAUGCACCUGUGGUUCUGCUGUUGUCUGUAUGAGAAAACAAGAUGCUGUUCAGCCUGUUUCUGUUGCAGCGGAAAUAGUCCUUCCCAACUCCGCAAGAAAACUGUUUAUAUUGAGAAUCUUAUACUCUUAUACUCUUAUUAGAAUUUAACUUUUAUUAUAUGUAUAGAAUAUAGUAUAUAGUAGUUUAAUGUCUUUGUAAACUGUGAUCAUUUCAAACAGUGGCGUCAUAUUUUUGAAACAAGCUGCCGUGGUUGUUUCUGAAUUACUUGCAUGCAAAAGAUUAUUCAACUGAAAGAGAAUGAGAGAUCACAAGAGACGUAGUCAUUAUUGUUUUAGCUCCCAGCGGAAGCAGGCGGUACUCUUUAUCAGCUGUCUCAAGUGAGAGCAAGAAAAACACCGAGGAAAACACAAGAGCAACUCAAUUCUAAUAACAUGACUUUUGAAGUACAUCCAGUCAUUCACUGUUUUUCUCGACCUUUCUCCGCCCUCGUCAGAAGCAGCCGUUGUCAUCCAUCAGCUGAGUCAACUGGGAGAGAACACAAAAGAGACUUAACUCUACUUAGAAGAGUUUCGAAAUACAUAAAGUGA